AUCUCAUAUCCCAACCACACUUCAAAGAAAUACGAGACAGUAAGAUUCUCACACGUACAGUGAAAAAAAAUAAAGGACAUAACAGUACAACUCCAAAAAAAUUCAGAAAUUCACGUAUGUCUUAAAAAAAUACGACAAGUUUCAAUUCCAUCAAUUCUUGAACUUGCUUUACCCCAUUGACCCAUUCCAUACACAAAGAUAAAGAUGAGUGAUACCGAGGUACUUGAUUAUGAAGAGAAGAGAAGAGAAAUAGUGGACGAUAUGGAAGUGGAAAGAAGAGAUGGUGAUGAACCUCAAGAAGAACAACCUGAAAAGAAACCAUUCGAUCAUCAAGGUCUUCAAGCUUCAGAUGGAUCUGAACCUCAAGAAGAAGUGGUAUAUGAAAUAAAAGAUGAACCUUCAUUCCAUGUUACGAGAGCUUUAUUCAUUGCUAAUUUAAGAAGACCUUUGAAUGCUAUUCAUUUUCAAAAUUAUAUGAAGACCUUAGCAAAAGAAGCAGGUGAUUAUGCCGUGGAAAGAGCUUGGUUAAAUAGAACUAGAACUCAUGGAAUUGUACUUCUUGAUAAUGAAGCUGGUGCUGAAUAUAUUCGUAGUAAGAUUCUUGGUUCAAUUUAUCCUUCUGCAAGUGAUGAUUCUAAAUUAAGUGAAGAAUAUGAAUCAAGAGAAGAAGAAAGAUAUGAACAACAACUUCAAGAAUAUAAUGAUGCUAUUGCUGCUGCUGCCAAUGAUGAAGAAAAAGAUGCAUUGACUCCACCAAUAGAACCAAGAAAAUAUUCAGUAGAGAGAAUCCCACUUUUUGUUGAUUAUAUUCCCGUAAAAGCUAUUAAUCAAUGGGUUUUUGAAGAAGAUAGAGGUCCAAGAAAUGGUAAAUGGAAAAUCGAUUAUGAAUCAAAAAGUGGGGAUGAAGUUAUUGCCAGUCAUAUUUUAUUAAAUGGUGAUUUCAUUCCUCGUCGUUAUCCAGGUCGUGAUUAUAGAGGUAGAGGUGGUUACAGAAGAGAUGCUUAUACUCCUGAAGGUAGUUCUGGUCGUAGAGAUUAUGGUGGAUAUAAUCGUGGAGGAGACUAUCGUGAUAAUCGUGGAGGAGAUAACUAUUAUCGUAGACCUUAUGAUAGACCUUAUGAUAGACCAUAUGAAAGACGUGAUAGAGAUCAAUAUGUUCCUGGUCAAUCAAGUGAUAGAAGAAGAAACCGUACUGAUUCUUAUGAACCUUCUAGACAUAGAGAAAGAUCUCCAACUCAAUAUUAAAAUUAAACACACGAAAAAUUGGUAAAUAUAAAAAACUUACAUUG